GGGAGCAAUAAAGAGGCACCAGAAAAAGAUUUCUUUCCCUCUCAAAAUCUCCCUCCGGAAAAACUCAAGAAGUAAGAUGGGAACCUCAUCGAAGGAAGAACAGGCCUCCGACGCCGACACCUCGAGCGGCGACGCUCCUCCCUCCGACACCAGUUUGUUCUUCGAGGGCGAGCGCGUCCUGGCCUAUCACGGCCCUCGCAUCUACAAGGCCAAGGCACGCCUUUCUCCUCUUCUCUUUCCCUUCUUCAUUUCCAUGAUUUCUUCUUACUCUCUUCGUUUUCUAAUUGUUUUCCUUCUCUACAUACUGCAUCUUCACCGCUUUCUUUACUCCUGUGAACCUUCUUGCUUCGUUUUGUUAUUUCUGUGGUUUUACUCGGUUUUUCGUUUCAGAUUUCUGAGAUUUAACUCCUUGUUUCGUUUGCUGAAGAAUUUGUUUGAGAUAAUGUUGAGCGAUUUGCUUUUUUCGGACCGGACAACAUAAUUUGUAGCUCCUGGAGACCGAUUGGUGGAAUUAGGGUUUUUAUGGUUACAACCUUUUUAAUGUUAUUGAUUUGUACUAGAUAGAAUUAUUUUAUGCAAAUUAUUAUGUUUAACAUGCUAAAAUGUAAAUGCUGUUAAUGUUAUUGUUUAUUGUUCUAAAAGCAAUUAUUUAUAAGCCACAAUGUAGUUGGGUUAUAUUUGCGUAAGUUUCAUUUAGAUGCUUGAUGAGUAUAGAAGAUCUAAGCGAUCACUUACUUGUUCUGUCUAUUUUUGUGGUCUAUGAUAAUGACGAUCAUUGUUCUUACAUAGUGGUUGAUUGUGACGAAUUGACAAUUCAUACAUAGGUACAAUUGCUUAUUGCGUAAUCAAAAUUGUUCAGUUUGUAAGAUCUAUGUAAUGAAUUUGAUUUGUUAUAUGAAUGCAUUGAGUAAAAGGAUCUUUGGAGUGACAUAAAACAAGUAGACUAACCUAUAUAUGGACUCCAUGUGAUUGGUAGAGAGAAACUCUAAUUUCCUAUAGUUAUGGUAGGAUGAAAGGUUAAUGUUUAGAGGCCAAUCACUGUCUUUUUUUAUUUUAUUGGGUGUAUGAAGACAAGAUAGCCUCUAGAAGCCAAAGAUCAAGUGGUGCUGAGAUUGUCUGGCAGUAGAGAAAGAUUGAUUGUUUGAGGUAUUAGUUGUUAUGUCAAGAGUAAGGGGAUCGAAUGGCUGUAUUUUUUGAUUACUGAGAUUAGGACUUGGUAAGAAGAACUGAACUGAUUAUGUUGCCGAAAAGUUGAAAGGUGAGGUAUUGAAGAAAAGAGGAGCCAAACAGAUACAAAUAGUUCAAAGAAUCUAUUAUAAAUUAGAACAGUUAAA